CUCAAAACUCAAUCUUUCAGAUCAUCAUUGAGCUCAUGACCUCAUGUUGCGUGCGAGGAACAGAGGAGACACCACCUUGCGGCAUCUCUCUGGGGAACCUCCUCAAAUUGGCUAGAGAACCGAGCCGAUCGCGACGAGCGCUUUACACCUCGUCGCAUCCCGCCCAAAUUUGGCAGCUCUUCAUCUCACCACAAAUCCUCUGAAAUCUUGUUGCUAAAACGUAGUACUCUGUAAAUAGAUAAUACUGACUUUUGAUGCAAUCCAGGUGAGUGGUAAUUGCAUCCCUUCUGCUCUGGCGCUUCUCGAGCACCAGGUUUGCAGGGAAAUAUAUAUGGGCACACUUGCAUCGCCUUUACUACGUCCAUUAACACUUUCCAAUUUGUUUAAUUACCUGCUAACUUUGCUGCAUCCCUCUCGAUGGAUAUAAAUACGCCUCUAGCUCUAACUUUUUCCAAGCCACCAAGAGAGAAAGGUACCGGCUUGAUUGGCAGGUGUUGAGGCGAUUCUUCUUCUUUGCUCAAGGAGAGAUGGAGGUCGAGAAGAAGGCGACGACCGUGGAGGAGGUGAGAGGGGUGGAGGAGGAGACGAAGAAGGAGGAGGCGGCGGCUUCUGACGUGAGCCUGAAGGAGCUGUCCAAGAAGCUCGAUGACUUCGCCAAGGAGAGGGACUGGGAGAUGUACCAUGCCCCGAGGAACCUUCUGCUUGCCAUGAUCGCUGAGGUCGGGGAGCUGUCGGAGCUGUUCAUGUGGAAAGGGGAGGUGGCCAAGGGCCUGCCCGGGUGGAAGGAGUCGGAGAAGGAGCACCUCGGCGAGGAGCUCUCCGACGUGCUGCUCUACCUGAUCCGGCUCUCCGACAUGUGCGGCGUCGACCUCGGCGACGCCGCCACCAGGAAGAUCGUCAAGAACGCCGUCAAGUACCCAGCGCCGUCGAAGAGCACUUGAAUGAACUGAAUUCUGGUACCUGCAUGAACUGAUUCUGCAACUCUACGAGUGUUUAUCUUCGCGAGAGAAGCUCAGAAGAUAUGUUUUUGUUGUGUACUGUUUUCUUUUCUUUCUUUCAAAAAAGUGAGGGGUGUGUUGAAAGUAUCGGUUCUUGUCUACAGACAUUAUAGCUUGAUAUAUUCUCUUCUGGUUUUCCUGUUCGUCGCUUUUGGAUGUUUUGUAGUUUGGAAAGGGUGGACCUUGAUAGUUCUGAAUAACCCCAUUGGUAGUGUAACUAACCAUUUAUGAAAGGGAUAAGUCCAUUUACACCCCUGAA